AUGGCGACCCCCUACGAUCCUCUGGCGCCUAAAUUUGAUGCUAGUAAACCCAUCAAGGAGCGUGGCUCGCAGUACAUCAAAUACGUCAUGGAGAACCCAGACUACAAGCGCUUCGACGCGACGGCGAUCCGGCAAUGCGAGCUGCUGUCGGCGCACGCGCGCGAGCCCCAGGCGGCGGACCGCACGGCGCCGGUGGCGGCGACGGCGUGGAAGGUGUGCGUGCCCGAGGAGCUGACCAACGCGGGCGGGGCGCUGCACGGCGGCGCGGUCGCGACGCUGUUCGACAUGCUGACGUCCUUCACCAUCUCGUGCGCCGCCGGCGUCGACGGCACCGGCUGGGAGGUCAACAACGUCAGCCGCACCCUCAACUGCUCGUACCUCAAGCCCGUCAUGCAGGGCGAGUGCAUGCGCGUCGAGUGCGAGGUCACGGCGCUGGGCAAGCGGAACGGGCUGUGUCGCGGCGUCAUGCGCAAGUGGAACGAGGAGCGCGAGGACGGCGCGGGCGGGGACGUGUGCUACACGUGCGAGCACGGGAAGGUGAAUACGGGCAUUGGGGCUUCGAAGCUCUGA